GGGACAAACUCACUCGGCACCGCGGGCGGAGCAACAUGGAGAGCAGACAACGCCGAGGCUUCCUCAACGCGGGUUCAGUAGCGCAGUAAAGCCGCGGGUAUCCGAUGAAAAGUCAAGUGUUGCUCUGUUUGGGAAGGAGAAAGCGCGACCAGGCCGAGGAGGACUCCGGGGACGGAAAGCCCACAGCCGCGCGCCUCGAGCACAGAGCUGGAAAGUUACCCAGAGACGAGGCAGUGUCGGCGGAGGAGCAGCAGCGAGGAAUUACAGGCGCGUCCGGGUCACACGGCGGCGGCGGCGGCGGCAGCGAUGUCCUCAGCCGGGAGCCUCCACUAACCGCCCUCGCAGUUGCAGCGGUUGUCUCGACUGAUGAAUCACAUUUGGGGAAGCGGGCCGGUGAAGACAAGCCAGCGGGCUGCGAGGAGUCCAAACCUGGGAGAGUGGACAAUGCCUGGGAUCCCCCGACCAUGGAGGAUCACUCGGCUGGAAGACACACACAAGAUUUGUGCGAGUCUGAGAAAGUAACGAGUUUGAAUUCAGCUUCGCUGCUGGAUAGUACUCGGACUUUGCCCGGCCCUGCCCCGGAUACUCCGGAGAGCGGAGACGCUUCAGCCAAAAUGACUAAAACCGAUACCGCCCCGUGCGCCCCAAAACCCGAGGACGACUGGCCCGAGAAAGCUCCUCCGGUGGGGCAGACCUUCCCGGGGGUGAUACCGAAACUCAUCAUCACCCGAGACCCCAGUCCCAGCCCGACACUGAGCGUCCGAGCCGAGGCGGGUGUGGGUUCCAGCUUGGAAAGUCACCUGGAUGAUGGCUCACCCAACUCGGACAGUGGAUGUGGAGGCUCGCCGGCCCUGAUGCGCUCUCCGAGGAAGCUGUCCAACUCCUCUUCCAUCGGAUUAUCGUCUGCCUCUUCCUUCGAGGAGUCAGAGGACGACUUCACCGGCAGCGACAUCGAGUCCAGCUCGUCCCCGGGCCGGUCCCUCUGCAGCCCGGACGAUGGCUCCGGGAUGAAAUCUUGGACUAAGUUGAAAACGCUCUGCCACCUGCCGAUGGUGGUCUCGAUUAAGAAGCGCUACCCGUGGGUCCAGCUGGCCGGUCAUGCAGGUAACUUCCAGGCUGGGGAGAACGGCCGGCUGCUCAAGAGGUUCUGUGAGUGCGAGCAACUCUGCCUGCAGAAGCUGAUGAACGACCCACUGCGCCCCUUUGUUCCUGGGUAUUAUGGAGUGGUGCAGAGAGACGAGCAGGACUACAACCUCAUGGACGACCUCCUGGCCGGCUUUGACUCGCCUUCGAUCAUGGACUGCAAGAUGGGCAGCAGGACCUAUUUGGAGGAAGAGCUGACCAAGGCCAGAGAGCAACCACGGCUGAGGAAGGACAUGUUCGAGAAGAUGUUGAAUGUGGACCCUAAAGCGCCGACAGAGCAGGAGAGGGCCCAGCAGGGAGUGCUCAAACCCAGAUACAUGCAGUGGAGGGAGACGCUGAGCUCCACGGCGACCUUGGGCUUCCGCAUUGAAGGCAUCAGGAAAGCCGACGGUACUUGCAACACCAACUUCAAGAAAACAAAGCACAGGGAGCAGGUGAUGCAGGCGCUGGAGGACUUUGUUCACAGGAACACUGAAAUCCUGAAACUGUACCUGGCUCGUCUGGAGGAACUCAGGACCGUGCUGGAUCGAUCAGAUUUCUUCAGGUCACAUGAGGUGGUGGGCAGCUCGCUGCUCUUCGUGCACGACUCCUCCGGGAAGGCCAAAGUCUGGAUGAUCGACUUCGGGAAGACCGUUCCUCUUCCAGCCCCGCAGACACUAGACCACCGGACGCCCUGGGUGGAAGGAAACCGGGAAGACGGCUACCUGUGGGGCCUGGACAACCUCAUAGACAUCUUCAGUGCCAUGCUGCCGCCGGCACCACAUCCGUAAAGAAAGACGUUAAGAUGUCCGGCGGCACAAGAGACGCCCCGGAGAGUGAAUAAAGAAGAACAUGAAAGCAGGACUAUGAGGCUAAUGAGAGCUCAAACUGGAGCCUAAAGAACAAGCUGGACGUUCACCUGCAUGAACUUGACUCCUCAGUGUUGAUUGCACUCAAUGAACUGGUGGUCUAUGCAGCAUUUUAGGGGACUGGGAUUCAUUUAUUGUUUAAUACAACACUAAAACACCAGUCAAAUAACUCUGUAAAUACAAAUUUAUUUAAUUUUUUUCAGCCUGCCUUCCUUGUUGUGCCAAGAUCUUUUUUCCAGAUGGCUUUUGAAUCAUUCCAGCGGGUUUCUCCCCCUAAUGUUUUAUCUAUUUUUAACCCUGCAGUAUGACUAGAAUCUUUUUGUAUCAUGGUGAGUUUCGCCAAGUAAAAAUUAGAAUGGGUCCUUGCAAAGCCAUAAAACAAAAAGCAGUGCCUCGUGUGUGUUGCAGAAGGUGUGAGAAUAUGCCUGCAUGACUCUUAAAACUGGAAUUUCCUGGUGGAACUGACUCGUCUUCACACAUGAUUAUUAAGGUGGAAUGUCCUAGAUAUCUGUAUCGACAGAGUCUGGCAUUCGGUUUACAAAAGAAGACAAUUACAUGUUUUCAAAACGGUGACGAUACCGAUGAUAAUGUCUUCCAGGGCUUUUCACAGUGGCAACUCAGUGUACAUAAGCUUCCAGACAUCAAGAAUCUGGAAUUCCGCUUCAGGAUUUUCAGUGGUGUAAACGCAGCUCCAGCAGCUGAACCAUUUGUUUACGUUCCAUUUGUAAAAGACGACCUGCUGUUGAGCUUCAUUCUGUAAAACUUGUCGGCACUUGGUGACUGUAGUUUUAAGACACAUCAUUGCAGACUGUUAAUAUGACAUUCUUGCUUUUUCCUGAAGGUCUCGGAUCCCAAUAAACUGGAAAUGAGGUUUUUUGACAAGACUGUUUUUUUUCCCUAAGGAGUUAACGACCCAUUAAUCUUA